UAUUAUUUUUUAACCCCCAACAUGUCGAGCAGAAGGUCGAGGCAGUCGAGUGCGGGCGUUUCGAGGAUUUCCGAUGAUCAGAUCAUCGAGCUCAUCUCGAAGUUACGUCAGUUCCUCCCCGAGAUUCGCGAUAGGCGUUCCAAUAAGGUAUCGGCGUCCAAGGUUUUACAAGAGACAUGCAAUUACAUCAGAAGUUUGCACAGGGAGGUGGACGACCUAAGUGAGCGGCUGUCGCAGUUGUUAGCCACCAUUGAUGCCGAUAGCGCCGAGGCUGCGAUAAUUAGGAGUUUAUUUAUGUAAUUAUAUAUAUAUAUAUA